AAUAAAAUUUUAUGGUACGCAGUUUUGUCAGCACGUUAGAACAUCAUCGGACGCAAACAAUUUCCAAGGUUUUGCUCAUACUGUAAAUUGAAAUUAGUCGCGUUGCAAAGCCUGUUUGGUCAAGUCGUGCUCGUGUCUGUACAAUUUAUCUUCCAGUGAAAUACAGCAGAAUAGAUACAAUUUUGCAAGAUGAUUCGAAAUUACGUUGCAAUCCCAACAACUAAAAGAAACCCAAAUUUCAACGUAGCAGAAUGGGGAACAACUUUACGAGAAGCUAUGAAAGGUUUGGGAACCGAUGAGGAUAAAAUAAUCGAAGUAUUGACGAGCUGCAGUGGCUCUCAAAGACAAGAACUCGUACAAUUUUUCGCUCAAGAAUUGGGCAGAAACCUUGAAGAUGAUCUGAGAAGCGAAUUGGGAGGAAAAUUUGAGAGUUUAAUUGUCGGUUUGAUUACUCCACCGGCGCAAUAUCUCGCUCGACAAUUAAAUAAAGCCAUGGAUGGUCUGGGUACUAAUUCGAACGUUCUUAUUGAAGUUAUAUCUACCAGGACUAACGAAGAAAUGAAGGAUGUAGUUGAAGCUUACGAAUCAAUGUACAAUCGACCAUUGGCUGAACAUUUAUGCAGCGAGACAUCGGGAGAUUUCAGAAAAUUCCUCACUUUGAUAGUAACGGGAGUUCGUAAUCCUCCGGGUAACAUUGAUGAAAGCAGUGCUCAAGCAUUAGCUGAAGAAUUAUACAACGCCGGUGAAGGAACAGCUGGAACUAAAGAAGAAGUGUUCAAUAGAAUAUUAUCUCACGAAAGCUACGAUCAGUUAGCGUUGAUAUUCGAGAAAUAUAAAAGUGUAUCAGGACACACAAUUGAACAAGCUUUAAAUUCCGAAGUAUCUGGUGACUUGAAAGAAGCUAUGCUGGCAGUUGUCGAAUGUGUCCAGAGCCCACCGGAAUACUUCGCAAAGCAACUCAAAAAAGCUGUAGAGGGUGCCGGAACUGAUGAUUCGUCUUUAAUUCGUAUCAUCGUUAGUCGUUGCGAUAUAGAUUUGGAAAAUAUUAAACAAGAAUACGAAAGAAUUUACGAUAUUACUUUGGAAAGUUCCAUAAAAAGCGAAACAUCGGGAGAUUACAAGAAAGCGUUGCUAGCCCUAAUUGGAACCCCUUGAAUUUAAACCUAACUGCAACUUUUGUCAAUUUUUUUUUCAGAGUGAAAUAGAAGGAGAUUAUAAAACCGCUAUUUUGACAUUAAUCGGAGCAGAACCUUGAAGAUGAGCUUAAUUCAGAGUUGAUAUUCAUUCCAAAGUUGAACCAUUAAUUUAGCAUCAAAUGCAUUUAUGAUCACGCUAUUCUUUUUCAAUUUAUAUCUACCAAUUUUAUUCAUUUUACGUGGUACUUUUUACUCUCAUGUUUCAAUCACAAUAUAACGUAAGAAUUAUAUUUAUAGCGCUGCAAAGUAUUUCGUAAUGAAUAAAGUUAUAUUUAGCGGGAAAAAAUUCAUUUUUGUCAGAGUACCUGAAAUAUGGAACAAACAACACUAUAAAAUUAUCAAUGCAAACAUUUUUAUUUCAUUUCUACAAUAAUUUCUGAUACUUUAGCGACGCGUGAAAAUCGAAAACAAAAAAUGCAAACGAAAAAAGUUAAGCGGAACAUUGUAUAGAAUAAAACGAAAAGACGAAAUUAAAAAUGGAAUAACGCGAAUGAUUUCGAGUCGACUUAAUUACCACCACGAAGUCUCAAUACCAAAUGCAACGUGGAUUCUUUUUGGAUAUUGUAAUCCGAAAGGGUCCUACCGUCUUCGAGUUGUUUUCCGGCGAAGAUAAGACGUUGUUGGUCUGGAGGGAUUCCUUCUUUAUCUUGUAUUUUGGCCUUGACGUUUUCGAUGGUAUCGCUAGGCUCGACUUCGAGAGUAAUAGUCUUGCCGGUCAAGGUUUUAACAAAAAUUUGCAUACCUCCUCUCAGACGUAGGACCAAAUGAAGGGUCGACUCUUUCUGGAUAUUAUAGUCGGAUAACGUACGACCAUCUUCGAGUU